UCACAAAAACAUUAAAAAUGACCAAAAAGUGUAUUUUAAAAAAAUGUUCUGGUGGAGAUGUGGCGAAGAAGAUGAGUUUUUUCACAUUUCCAACAUCAUCCAAAAAUGUCCACACGAACAACUUGAAUGAAGUGCGCAGAAAGAAGUGGAUUGAGGCAUUAAAGCUGAACAGCAGUUUCCGGUGGAGGAGCAAAUAUGUCUGCAGCUCACAUUUCGUUUCCGGGAAACCUGCCAGAUCAACGGACGUCAGCAAUGUGGACUGGACACCAACACUUAUGUUGCCGGAUUCAAGCUUUUCCGAUUGCUCGGGGUCAUCGACUGAUGCAAGCCCAGGAUCUGACGAGAGCCACCAUGUAGAGGAAGAUACGCCAAACAGUAAUGAAGAAUGGGUACCAUCCAUGCUGAUGACAGAUUCGGAUAGUUCUGGAUCUGGUUACGCUAAAUCAGAAUUGUCAUCAGAUGGCACCGAACCUAAAGGGUUGGAGGGAAAUGCGGCAUUUGACGGCAUGAAUAACGUUCAGCGAUUGGCGUCACAAAGCUGUGGAGGUGAGAUAAACCCAUGGCGGCAGCAACGUGGUUCUUCAUUCAACGACGUGGGAACAUCGACUGAUAACUUCACGGAUCAGAAUGUAUCUUUUAAAACAAAUUCGAAAGAUUGUAGCGUUCAAGUCGAAGUUAUUCGAAAGAAACAUUUCAGCAAUACUACAACGAAAUUAUACGACUACAAAGUAGUAAUUUUGAGCUGCAACAGCAAGUUUUGUUAA